CCGCUAGCUUGUUGAGCUUCACCAACGGUGGGUUGGGACCAGACGAUGGUGGUGGUGGUGGUGGUGUUGAGAGUCUGGGUAUGAACAUGGAGUCGACCGACGCAGGCUUGGAAGCUGCGGGUGAGAGUACAGUGCAUCCUGUGGGAGACGGAGUGUCGAGAGACGGGGACUUAAGGGAAGAGGAAGCGGAAGAGGGAGAAAGUGGGAUGAGUGGGCUUUCGUACGAAUAUCUUCGACCGUACGGACCUACCGCCAUCAAUCCGGGUUUGGGAAGAGUGCGGCUGUCGAUCCGGGGCCCGACAUCUCGAUCUGGACUCCAGGUCGACAAUCAACAACACGCUUCGACUAGCCACAAUCACAACCAACCUCGCGCUCAAUCGAGCACGACCACCCAUACCCAAGCUCCUUCUUCCAACUCUCGGCACCUUCUGGACUUGCCCCGACUUCCCCUGGUCGACCCGCAUACAAGACUACCCCGGCCUGACCUCCGUGCCCCGCUCAUCGACGUCUUCUUUCAACACUUUGGCUCGAUCUUCCCGUUCAUCGAGAAGAAGGCGCUCGAUGGCAAACUGGCGGGCGAGAUGGUGGAUGCGGGGACGAUACUGAUGGUUAGCAUGAUGUGCGCCUUGAGCGCUAGGUUCUGUCAGAUGGACGAGAUCGUAGGGAUCAGUCAACAUCCUUUCUGUCGAGGGAGCGCUUUUGCCGACAACGCGAAACAACUGCUCAUCCCCCUCUUGGGAAUGCCUUCGAACAACGUCGUCGCCGCGCUGUUGUUCCUCGCUUAUUACGAGCUGGGCAUGAACAACGAAGCUGGACUCUGGGCGUACACCGGGCUCGCCAUGCGAAUGAUCACUGAUCUCGGCGGGCAUCGCAAGAUGUCAGGCAGAUUCGCGUCUCGAUCGUUCCGAACGCUGUUCUGGUGCGUCUACCUGCUCGAUCGAUCGCUUUCCAUCGGAACCGGUAGACCAGUCACCUUUCUCGACGCCCACAUCGAGAUUGCUCAACCAGACUCAUCAAGCCAGACAUUGUAUGCCAGUACCCCGGAUCGCCCUUCUUUGGCUUUUGCCUAUACCAUCCGUCUUACCCAGCUGUAUGGGUCUAUCGCCCAACUCGUCAACUCGUCACCGUACUGGCUACCCGGCUUCACGGGCGAGAGCAUAGGGCCAACGGCACCGAGCAGUCCAAACGGGACGAGGCCCGGAUCCGCGUCGAGACGAGCGUUGAACGGCGGUCGGGUCGACUGGGAAGCCUUGGUGACCGAUCCCGCGUUUGCCCUGGAACUGGAUGCGCUGGCUCAGCUCGAGAACUCGGUCAUCACCUUGUACGAGGCCUUGCCCCCGGUCUUGACGUGGAACAUUGACAACCUGACGAGACAUGUCCGCAUCGGCGAUGGAGACAUGUAUCUUCACCUCCAUCUUUGGUACUACUGUAUCCUGGCCAUAUUACACAGAGAACCUUUCAUACAUGCCCGAGCCGCUUUUGCUCAGAUGCAAGCUUUAGAAGCGGUAGAGAUACAAAAGACAGCUGCGAGGAGUAUCCAGGAUAUCGUCGCGUCGCUCGAUUCACAGAACCGCCGACUUCUGCUCAAUAACCCAUUCAUCAACCAGUGCUUUUACGUGGCGGCUUCCACUUGGGCUUCGGAGAUCCGUUCGCAAGGACAAAGACCCACUGUUCCGCUACGUCGCGCCAAGACACUGCUCUCGACAUCUGCUCUUGUCAGCUUUACGGUCUGUGCGAAAGUGUUACGAGAACAAGCCGACGUCUGGCUCGGUGUAGGAUGGAUCGCGGCGGCUCUAGCCAAACGAAGCGACCGGUUGAUCGUGGGCAAUGUCGUCAAGGGCGGUGCGACGGAUACUAUACUAUCUGAAGCCGAGAUGCGCAUCAUCUCAACUUGCGACCGGUCCGAAGGCGAUACAAACGUUUCAGAGAUGGGACAACUACGCGAUUCCGUCUUUCAAUCGUUGGACGGUUUGGUGCCCGAUGAGACGGGAUAUGAAGCUGCGGUCCCACUUUGGGAUGCCGACGGGCUGUUCGGCGAUCAAGACUUCAAUCAGCUCUUUUUCGAUCUGACGCAAUAUGGGGACUUUAACUUUCAGGCAUGACGAGCCAUGAUUAUCUCAUCGAAAACAUAUUGUCACUGUCGCUCGUCAAAAUUACAAUGCUACUACUUGCUCACGGU